CUGCGGUAAUUGACCUUUUUUCCUCACUGUGAAGCUCGCAACUUUACCAAUUUCCUCCAGUUUUGAUAUAAUCUUGAAUAUAGGAACCCUUGAAACAAAUCUUGAUCCCUCUCCAAUGUCUUCAAACAACCCAGAUAAAUCAAGCCCAGGCGAUCGAGAAGGAUAUAACAUCAAAAGCAUAAGCAUUCAAACUUGCAGAUCUAUAAUGAAGGAAUCCUAUCAUCCUGUUGUCCUCAACGUCAAAACUAAAAACUUUAUCAUCCACAAUGAAAAUUUUGAUAUGCUUGAACUCCUUUUUGAACCACUCAUUCUCCAUUAUCUAGGGGAUUGUGAUUCGAGUUUCAGAGUUAUUGCGUUAAGAAGCUUCGAAAGGAUUCUAAUGAGUUCCACAGAGAACCAUGUAGGACACAGAAACUCGCCGUUAUAGAUCUUGUACAUCACCAUGAUAUUUUGUUCACGGAAUAGCGAGUAACCAGCCAUUACCACAAACAACAAUCACCCCACAAAGACCAGAUGUCCACUUUCGCAGGAUCCAACCCUUUUCUGGUCAUUGAUGGAGGGGAUAAUUAACUUAGGGGUGCGAGUCGUUGCCUACAUCCGUAUUACAGGUAAUGACACAAAUUUACAUGAUCUAACGGUCGGCCAUUUUUACUUUUGUCAGACUGAUGAUGUCAUGUCAACAUGAUCUAGCGGAUGUUAUUCAAGAGGAUUGAGGACGGCACUUGAUAAGGAAAUCGAAAGGCAAGAAUUUCCUUUCCAAAUCUGUAGCUCAACCCUUUUAAGACUUCUUUCUUGGAACAAAAUUUUAGCUUAAUAAGCUUUCAGUUAGAUCAUCUUUGCAAGAUCUAAUGGACAGUGAAAAAAGACAUGAGCUUCAUGUUUUCUUCUUCCCAUUCAUGGCUCAAGGCCAUAUCAUUCCCCUCAUAGACAUGGCCAAACUAUUUGCUUCGCGAGGCCUGAAGGUAAGCAUAAUCACCACACCUGUCAACGCCCCAGUUUUAUGCAAAUCAAUAGAGAGAAAUAUACUUAUGGGUCACAAAAUUGACAUUCUAAUCAUCCAAUUCCCUUGUGUGGAGGCUGGAUUACCAGAAGGAUGUGAGCAAUUGGACUUGGUUACAUCACCUGAAAUGGGGAUAAAUUUCUUCAAGGCCACCACCAUGCUUGUUCAACCACUCGAAGAGCUGUUGAAAGAGUAUCGUCCCAAUUGUCUAGUUGCAGAUACUUUCUUUCCAUGGUCAACUGGAAUUGCAUCCAAGUUAGGAAUUCCUAGAAUUGUUUUCUCUGGAACUUGUUUCUUCUCUUCAUGUGCUUCACAGUGUAUGAGAUUGUAUCAGCCUUACAAAAAGGUAUCAUCUGAUACAGAUCCUUUCAUCAUCCCCAAUUUUCCAGGCCAGAUCAAGUUGACAAGAAAGCAACUACCAGACUUUGUGAAAGAAGAAACUAGCUUCGCCGAAUUCUAUGAGCAAGUGAAAGAAGCAGAGCUUAAAAGUUUUGGGGUUCUUGUCAACAGCUUCUAUGAGCUCGAGCCCACUUAUGCUUAUCAUUUCAGGAAAGUCUUGGGAGCAAAGGCAUGGCAUAUUGGCCCAAUUUUCCUAUGCAACAGUAACAUUGAAGAUAAGGCAAAGAGAGGAAAAGAAGCUUCAAUAGAUGAAAAUCAGUGUUUGAAGUGGCUCGAUUCAAAGAAACACAACUCGGUUGUUUAUAUAUGCUUUGGAAGUAUUGCGAAAUUUCCUGCUUCACAACUUCUUGAGAUUGCAAUGGCUCUUGAAGAUUCCGGACAGCAAUUCAUCUGGGUAGUGAGGAAAAACAAGAAUGAUGUGCGGGAUAACGAAGUGUGGUUGCCUGAAGGAUUUGAGGAGAGAAUUGAAGGCAAAGGACUAAUCAUACGAGGGUGGGCACCGCAAGUAUUGAUUCUUGAACACGAAGCAGUAGGAGGGUUUGUGACUCACUGUGGAUGGAACUCUACACUUGAAGCAAUUUCUGCAGGAGUUCCAAUGGUAACAUGGCCAGUAUCUGCAGAGCAGUUUUAUAACGAAAAGUUGGUGACACAGGUUCUAGGAAUUGGGGUUGCCGUGGGUGCACAAGAGUGGGCAAGAGUAGUAGAUGAUAGUGUGAAGAAAGAGGCCAUAAAGAAGGCAGUGACACAUCUUAUGGCCAGUGAAGAAGCAGAGGAAAUGAGAUUCAGAGCAAAAAAGCUUGGAGAAAUGGCAAGGAAAGCCAUUGAAGUAAAUGGAUCAUCUCAUUCUGAUUUUAAUUCCUUGAUUGAGGAAUUGAGGGGUAAGGGAAUGUAGAAUGUUAUUAUUCCCAAUUUGAUUUGUUUUCACUUCCUUUCAGCGUGUUCUGAAUAAGGGAUUUUUUUUUUUUCAAUAAAAUUAUUGGAAAGCGAUUACCAUGAA